AUGUCGGCUCAAUGUAGAUUUGCCGCAGUCUUUGCAAUACACUUCGUACCUGCGACCAUGGGAGGGAGAUACCGCCUUUUUUGGGCCUGCAUCCUCUUCGCUGUCUCCCUGGCCGUGAGACAUAAGUCGGAGUCCGAAGUGGAGGAUGGCCUCGUGGAUGCUGAACAGGCUCCCUGCAGCUGCAGCGGCGUUAUCGGAUUGGAGUGCCCAUGCAGCAAUUCCGCCAUUCAGCUGUCGCAGCAGCAGCGGCGUAGUGUGGCCAAGCUCAGUCGCCGCAGUCGCCAGAAGCGUCGUGGUCAGAAGAUGCGGCGGCAAGCUGAUCCACCAGACAAUCCUGAAGGUGGUGAGGGAGCUGAGUCGCAGGAAGCUGGGAAAGAGGAAGGGGACGAGUGCGUAGAGCAGGGCCUGACGAGCAGCCAGAAUGUCUGGAUGCAAGUUGGCCCACUUGGAAUGUUCGUCGGGUUUCUGCUGACCUUGAUGCUCUACGUGGAGUUCGUCGAAGUCGUCGCGCCUCCGGUGGACGGUCGCGUUGCCGAAGUGCCUGACGGCGUGGCGUCCUUCGUCAUGAAGCAGCUGUGGGGAAUGGGGGUGGCCAGCUCUGGCAUCAACGCAUUGAUCAUUGUCCUAGGGCUGCUGAACUUCUACACCUACGCAGUGCGCACCGAGGAGGAGCUCGACCCCACGUACAUUUGUCUCGGCCUGCCUUUGGACCACGCUGGGAAGCGGGUGGAAGUCUUCUCCAUCGCAGUUUUUGCCCUCAUCACCCUGUCACGCUUGGCUGUGGUGCACACGCAUCCUGAUUGGAACCAUUUUGGACUCUCAGCUGGGCCUCGCUACCUGAUGUGCAAUAUCUACAUGGUCCUGGAGGUUCUGGCACUGGCUCUGACGUUCAAGGGGCUGAUGACCGAUGAGACUCAUGUCGACUUGCUGUGGCUCUUCGUCGCGCGGAGCAUGGAGAUGCUUGAGAGAAGCGGCGCAGGUCUCGGGGUCAAGCGCAUGAAGCACAUGGUUACAGAUGAUGGAAAGCUGCUGCUAGUUGCCGGAGUAUUUGGCUUGGUCAUCUGGCUGGUGAUGAGCGGCUUCUACUUCGUGGCCAACCGUUCCAACUGCGCCAUCAUCUGGACAACGGAGGAGUUCAAAUGGCAGAGGUUCACCUCCAUUCCCUCGUCCAUGUGGUACGUCAUGAUCAACUUGCUGAAAGAGCACCCUUUGGCCGAAUUCCACGAGACGCUGCUCUCGCGCACACUCGUGUGCAUCUGCUGCAUCUUCGCGAUGCCGCUGUUCGCGCUGCCAUCAAGCAUCUUGCAACACUCCCUCUUCCAGCGUGACGAGAUGGAAGACGCUGAGGAGGUGGCAAGAGCUGGCGAGGAUGCGCACACGAGACGGAUGACCUACCAAGUCGAUGCCGCCCAAUUGCUGGAGCUGCAGGAAGAGUCGAAAGGCCAGCUGCGCCCAGGCUUUGCCACCGCCUUUCUGGUGUUUGGAUCCAUCUUGGCCUACUUCUACUACACCGCCAGGGACACAGACCAUGCCACCUUCUUUACGGUGCCCGUCAACGUGACGAAGACCAGCCUCGCCUACAUCGACGGAGCCGUUGCCAUCUGCUUCCUCUGUGAAUAUGCCAGCAGGUCGAGUCUCGGCGGUGGCUCCUACGUCACCUCGGGGUACGGAGUGGUCGACCUGCUGGCCUGGCUGCCAGGCUUGCUUCACCUCUGCACCUACGAGUCCAUGGCAGACAAGCACCAUGAAAUCCUCUGCGCUGCUUGCGUUCUUCGGAUCUUCAAGCUGGAGCGGUACCUGCAUUCCUUCCGGGACAUGUUGGACAUUGUGAAGGAGAAUGGUGGCAUACUCACCGCAACUCUGGUACUGUCCAUGUUUGUAUGGAUGUUCUUCUCAACUGUGCUCUUCCUGACAGAGAAGCACAACCCCGACGAAGAGAUGAACGAUGAAGUCUACGGCUCGGUGAUGCGAGCCCUGUGGUCCGAAAUCAUCAAUCUGCAUGGCGAGUGGCCCUGGGCCGACUACACUCCCAGGGGCAAGGCCGUUGGAACGGUGAUCGGCUUUUUCAGCAUCAUGCUCUUUUGCAUCCCAAUCGGUAUCUUCGGAGAAGGUUUCAUGGAGAGGGUGCGAGCAGACAGAGAGCUGUCCCACGAGGACGACGAGUUCGACAGACGUCCCUGGCAGGAAUGUUGCCGGCCAGAACCAGGUAUGCGGCAGAAGGUCUAUGACAUGCUUUAUCAAGACCUACAUCCUAAAGUGCAUCCGACUCGCACGCUGCUCUUCCACAUGGUCCGAGGCUGCUCCGUUGUGAUGGUCAUCGCCACCACCUUCAUCACGGCCGUCGCCACCGUGGAGGAUUGGGGCGGAUGGAAAGGUCGAGAUACGACCACCACUGUGGGCAAGGUCUUCUGGGUGGUAGACGUGGUGGGCACGGCAUGGUUCAUCUUGGAGUAUUUCCUGCGAGUUGUGGCGACUGGCUGGCGGCAUCCGACUUCCUUCGUUGGCUUGUGCGAUCUGAUCUCCAUCCUUGCCUUUUCCUACACGUUGAACCCGAAGAAGCGACCGGAAGCCUUCCGGCCAGGUUAUGAGGAUGCGCACUACCUGGUCGACAGCAUCGUGCUCCUUCGACUACUCCGUGUUUUCAGCCUGGAGAGCUACUUCUAUUCCCUGCACACCUUGCAAUGUGUGCUUUGGCUGAACAAGUGGCCACUAGCAAGAGCUGGCGGUGCGCUCGUCUCGACUUGGUUUGUGCAUGCCACGCUGCUCUACAUCUGCGAGAAUCCGAGAGCUCUUGGUGGAGCCAUCCCACCGCCAGGCGAGAAAGGCGAGGGUGGCGCCGAAGAGGAAGAAGACGAUGGCUUGUCGAUGGUGCAGCGCUACAGAAGUGUUCUGUCCGCGCUACAGUACAGCAUCGUGCACCUCUUCGGUGACUACCCGGAGACGGACUAUACAACCGAGGCCAAGAUCAUCCACUUUUUCGGCAUCAUGGGCGGCAUUGCCAUUAUCUCCACAUUCUGUGGGGUCUUCAGUGCUGGCUUUGUCGACUUCCUAGAGACGACAAGGACAGAGCAGGCCAAGCAGAAGUCGUCCGAUUUCCUGCGUGCGACAGUGAAGAUGAAGCUGGGCUUGAAGAAGGUGCUGGAGAACAGGCGUUCACGGCCCAGCGGGGAGUCAGCAACGAUGCAGCCGCAACAGAAUUCGGCAUGGACCUCCAUUCAGAGGUUUGCUCGUGCGAUCAUGUUCCGGCGUACCCCUGCAGGAGCCAGCGUCCAGCUGUUUUUCAGCACCGCUGUGAUCGUGGCAUUGAUCAACACCAUGGCGGCAUCGAUCCCCGAGAUCGACAACACCCCUGCUGCCGCCACCGCAUGCUUGGUCGUGGAAGUCGCUUGCACGGUGGUGUUUGUGGUCCACUACGCCGCGGAGCUGAGAAUUGGAGAGGAGCAGGGAAUUCGGGCAGGAGCUUUGGAGCUUCUUCAACGUGGGCAGGAAUGGCGCCGUGUGGGCCAGACAGGCCGCCGAGGCAUAGCACCAUGGCCCCUCUGGAGCUUCUCCCUGAGCCUGAAGUCCAAGACCACCACCAAGUCUUGCCAAGCGGCGGCGCUUGGCCCCGACCCCAACCCAAGGGAGCUCAAACAGCUGGAUAGGGCACUUCCGCAGUACAUGCUGGACUAUUGCAACGGAGAUGCCAAGAAGGCCAUGAAGAAAUGGGCCGAAACACUGAAAUGGCGGUGUGAGAUUGACGACGAGGGCAUCUUCAGCAAGCCAAGUCAAGAUUUCUUUGCCAUACAGCGCAACUAUCCAACUUUCCUCCACCUACCAGACAAGGCGGGACGCAUGACCUAUUGGGUCAACAUCGGAGAUUUGAACCCACAGGGACUUGAUCGGGAUGGCAUGACGCUGGAGCGAAUUCGAGAUGACUAUUUGUGGCAGACGCUGUUUUUGUGGGAUGUCUGGCUGAAGCGUGAUGACAAGCAGGACCUUACCAUUGUCCUCGACAUGAAGGGCUUCCGCCUGUCCAUGGUAUCACCUAAGAUGAUCCGCGUCUUCUCAGCCUCUUACAACGUGGUUCAGACGCACAUGCCGGAUCGCGAGAAGCUUGUGGUCGUCGUCAACGCACCCGAAUGGUGGCGGGCCGUUUGGGCCAUCUUCCGCCCCUUCCUGCCGAAGAAGCAACAGGAGCGACUUAGGGUUUGCGAGAGCGAGGAGGAGGGCCUCAAGACACUCCGGGACCUCAUCCCACCACAGAACAUUCCCAAAGCCUACGGCGGGACGGGCAUCGAGCUCGGCGCCGCGCCGGCCAACGUCAUGCGCAACAAGUACGCGGCUGAAGGGUCGGGUCGGUGA